UUUUAACCGAUUUCUUUUGGAUGGUUUGGAGCAAAAAGAAAUCGCUUUCGCUACUCUCGAUGUACUUUUUCUCAAUUGUUUCAAUUCUUAGAUCUUGUCGUUUUGGAAGCCUUAUUAUUUUAUCAUCAAUUUUUUGUAUGGGAUUGUAGUUUUUUAUCUCUUCUCUUUUUAAAUCCGAUUGGAGUGGCAUUAGGUUUUAGAUUGCGUAGAAAUUAAAUUCUGUGGUGGUGUUAUUAUAUUGUCCGAGAAACCGUGCCUCUCGCUAUGGCAGUUACUAUCACUUCUUCUGCGGCAAUGUAACCGUCCGCGUUCAUCAUUUUACUGCCGCGUUAAUCCUUGUAUCGAAAUUGCAGAUUUCUGGAUACGUUAUAAAGAAGAAAUAUAUACAGCAUGAAGGAGACUGACAGGAGAAAGGGCCUAAACAACAAAGAGAAAACCCGUCCUGCAAGACCUGAAACAAGGGAUCGGAAGCUUCCUGGAAAGAAUGCUGGUAGAAACUUGAAAGAAAGAGAGGUUGAGGCCAAGUCUUCGUCUGAUAAACAGAACAGAAAUUUAGGAAGUGGUGUCGAGCCAUCAGAAGCUUUCGAGAAUGUGGUGAUAGGUUAUGUCGAUGAUGAGUGCAGGUCAGAGGAAUCACUGCAUAGUACCAGAAAUCUCAAAACAGAUGAGAGACGAGGCAAUGAAAAAUUGAGUGAUAUUUCUAGUGAUAUGGAUAUUGUGGAUGAAUCUGAUGCUGAGACUACUAAUGAUUCAGUUUCAUCUCAAGGGGAUCCACAAACAGCAGAUGAGGGUAAAGCAGAAAAAGUUACCCGGGUUAGAAAUCUUUCAUCUGGCUCUGCCCAAGCACAGAGAUUGAAAUCUGAUAGGGGAGCAAAUAAUCUACAGACUAAAGCAUCUAAGCAAACUCCAAGGAAAGGGCCUGAAAAUGGGUUAUUAAAAUCUGCCAAGAGUUCAUCUGAUAGUUUGAAAAAUAUGAAGGUCCAUCCAAAGGCUCUUUCUGAUUCCUCCGAAGGGGCUGAUAGCCAACCACUUGAACAGGACAAUGGAGUGGAUCCCCUGGAUGAGGCUUCCAGUGGUGCUCUUACUGUGUGUAGUGACGAUGAAGCAGUCAAUACUGAGGAAAAUCGCAAGCGAGAAGACAACAUUGAUCAAGAUCAAAAGAUUGAGGAAAUGGAAACGAGGAUCAAGAAUCUUGAGAGCGAACUUAGAGAAGUUGCUGCUCUUGAAAUUGCACUAUAUUCUGUGGUUCCCGAGCAUGGUAGCUCCGCACACAAGGUGCAUACACCUGCAAGACGCCUUUCUAGGCUAUAUAUUUAUGCUUGCAAACACUGGUCUCAAGAUAGGCGAGCUACUGUGGCUCGAAACACUGUGUCUGGGUUUGUUUUAGUUUCUAAAUCCUGUGGCAAUGAUGUUUCCAGGUUGACAUUUUGGCUAUCGAACACUGUUGUACUACGGGAAAUUAUAUCUCACGCAUUUGGGAGUUCAUGUCAAUCUAAUGCUUCUGCAAAAUUAUUCAAGUCCAGUGGAGGUGACACAAAGUCAUCUACAAAUAACUGGAAGAAUAGUGGUGGAAACAGACAAUUGAAUAAGAAGGGUUUCUUGCAGUUUGUGGAUGAUUGGCAAGAAACAAGAACCUUCACUGCUGCCUUGGAGAAAGUUGAGUCCUGGAUUUUCUCAAGGAUUGUUGAGUCAAUCUGGUGGCAGACACUGACACCUAACAUGCAAUCACCUGUUGAUGAUUCUACCACACCCAAAGGUUCGGAUAGGUUACUUGGUCCGGCCCUUGGUGACCAGAAACAAGGAAGCUUUUCCAUCAACCUAUGGAAAAAUGCCUUUCAGGAUGCUUUCAGAAGACUUUGCCCUGUUCGAGCUGGGGGACAUGAGUGUGGUUGCUUGCCAGUUUUGGCUAGGAAGGUGAUGGAGCUAUGUAUUGGCAGGCUUGAUGUAGCCAUGUUUAAUGCUAUUCUUCGUGAGUCGACCCAUGAGAUCCCUACUGACCCUGUAUCUGAUCCUAUUGUGGACUCCAAGGUUUUGCCUAUUCCCGCCGGAGAUUUGAGCUUUGGUUCUGGUGCACAACUUAAAAAUUCUGUUGGCAAUUGGGGAAGAUGGUUAUCUGAUUUUCUUGGCAUGGAUUCUGAUAGUUCUGCGCAAGACGUAAAUGCUACGCUGGAGAACGAUGAUAAGCAAGGUACCGAUAAACCAAAGAGCUUCCCACUUCUUCACGCCUUGAGUGAUCUUCUAAUGCUCCCCAAAGAUAUGCUCAUGGACCGUACAAUAAGAAUGGAGGUCUGUCCUGAAAUCAGUCUUGCAUUGGUUAAGCGAGUGCUCUGCAACUUCUCUCCUGAUGAGUUCUGUCCUGAUCCUGUCCCAGGUUCUGUGCUAGAGGCGCUAAAUGCUGAGUCCAUCAUAGAGCGUAGAAUAUCAGGGGAGUCCGCCACUAGCUUCCCUUACACUGCUGCUCCGACGGUGUACACGCCUCCCUCCUCUUCCGAUGUGGCAGAGAAAGUCGCAGAGGCCGGUGCAAGCACUAAGUUCUACCGAAGUGCAUCAUCUGUGCAGAGAAAAGGGUACACCAGCGACGAGGAGCUGGAUGAAAUGGAGUCGUGUUUGUCUUCUGUCGUCGACACGCUUCCUCCAUCUCCCACUGCCGUAAGGGGAAAUGGCAAAGGUAGUAGCGGCAGCGAAGUAUGUGGCGAUGAUGGAGCCAACGCUAGGUAUGAUCUUCUUCGUGAGGUCUGGCAAUCCACAUAGAGACGGAUGGGAUAUGCUUGCUUGCAAGAAUUGUGUAUGUAUUUUCUUUUUGUUUUUUCUUUAUUAUGAGAAACAGGUAAAUACUGAAAGAACUGAGUGAAAAAUUUUACUACAGCAAAAAACAUAAUUCAUCGAUUCCAUAUGUA